CGCCAGGACGUCGUUGUUCAUUAAACAACGGCAAGCCAGUUUAAACUCGCUGCCUGAUGUAGACUUCGCUCUUCAUUAGUGGUUCAGUGGCUGUUCGCCUUGUUUUUGUCAGAAUCCGGAAGCGAUCACAUUUCAUCUCACUGUUUGGAGAAUAAGUUUGAAUGCAAGACCGCAAAAGUAAUAUUUGCAGGUGGGAGCAGUAGACCCGCCUUCUCGUCUGGCCCCUUGUCUCAGGAACCUGAAGUGCGAAGCUUCCCUAGCUGGCACCAGAGAUUGGAGAGGCGUCCCGCAGGCAGUGUACCUAUGUCCGCCCGCAACGGGUCUGCGAGUGAUGCAGACUGCCAGAUCUCGGAAGACUGCCGCAUCCCGGCCGACGUGGAGCUGAUGGAGCUGGGGCCACUGCUGGAGCAGGCCGCCCAGCCUGGGGGGGCCAAGGCUCUCGCUGCCGAGGUGGGGGCCCCCCUACCGCCUCAGAGACCUGGGAGGGAUGAGGAUGAGGUGGGGGAGGUGCUGACGCUGCCCUGCAGAUACCAUAUGGAGAAGAAGUUUAUUGCACAAAAGGUGUGGGAGGGCCGCUGGCGUGUGAUCCCGUUCCAUGUGCUACCGGAGUGGCUGAAGGAUAACGACUACCUGCUGCACGGCCACCGCCCCCCCAUGCCCUCCUUCCAGGGCCCUCCGCUUCGCAGUCAGCCAUCUACCAUCGUGCUCGACGCCGCCAUCGUCGCGUCAUUCAAUGGGACCGCUUCCACGCCACGCCACCCAAUUCACCAGAGCAGCUGGUAUAUACAUACACACACACACACACCACGCCACCGAGCCACCAGAGCUGGAGUGUUCAUGGGCCUGGGACUGAGUGGCAUUGUUCCCACAAUGCAUUUCACCAUCGAGGAGGGCUUUGUGAAGGCAACGACGGUGGGGCAGAUGGGCUGGUUCUACCUGAUGGGGGCCAUGUACAUCACUGGGGCCGGCCUCUACGCGGCCCGCAUCCCCGAGCGCUACUUCCCUGGGAAGUGUGACAUCCUGUUCCACUCUCAUCAGAUCUUCCACGUGCUGGUGGUGGCAGCUGCCUUCAUCCACUUCUACGGCGUGUCCAACUUGCAGGAGUUCCGCUACGGCCUGGAGGGUGGCUGCACUGACGACACUCUCCUCUGAAACACAACCACCCCACACACUCACAAGCACACACACACACACACACACACACACACACACACACACACACACACACACACACACACACACCCCUCUUCUCAGACCCCCCUCCUCUCCCUCGUCCUCAGAAAUGUGCUGCUGGAUAAAUGAAUAGGUCAUGACCUCUCCUCUCCCUCUCUCCCUCUCUAUUUCUACCUCUCCCUCUCUCCUCUCUAUUUCUCCCUCUCUAUUUCUCCCUCUCCCUCUCUCCCCUCCCUCUCUCCCCUCCCUUUCUCCCUCUUUAUUUCUACCUCUCCCUCUCUCCUCUGCUCUCCAUUCUCCCGGUCUCUUGGCUCUGUGGGGUUCCUACUGACUGUUUUAGUCUGGAGCUGCUGGGGCCUCCAGGUGGAGUUAUUAUCUCCCCUGGGGGCCGUUGGUGCAGCAGCAUCUCUCUGGUAAGCCCAGUUGAAGGAGUUAGCAAGUUGGGUUAACGUCUGGUGCAUCUCUCUCGGGUAAGUUGGUUUAAGGGGUUAGCAAUGAGAGAUAGCAUCUGAUGCUGAGGAGUUGGCUUUUGACACAUCUCUUUAUGAUAAGCUGGAUUGAGGGGGUUCGCUGUAGUGGGUUGGGUUUGGUUAGCAUCUGACUCUAAGAGGUUAGCUGUAGUAGGUUGGGUUAGCAUCUGACUCUAAGAGGUUAGCGGCUGAUUGGGUUAGUAUCUGACUCUAAGAGGUUAGCGGCUGGUUGGGUUGGCAUCUGACUCUAAGAGGUUAGCGGCUGAUUAGUCUCUGUGGUCAGUUGGGUGGAUGGGUUCUCUCAGUGACGUUAGCACCUGACUCUUAAUACACAUACUCCUCACUCAAAAUCGAGUGUCGACUAUUUCAAACAAUUGUUCUCCAGUCCGGCGCGAGAGGGUUUCCCUCAGAGACAGCAGAGGAUGCUGGGACACAUCCGGCUCUGAUCUGGCUUGGACCUGGCUCUAGUGUGGGCCAGACCAGCGCCAGAGCCGGCCUCUGUCUGGGCUGGGGAGGAAGUUAGGGCAUUGCAUCAGCCAUCGGGCCCACCAGAUGAUUGGCUAAUACUCAGCUAAUACUCAUACUCAGAUGUAUUGUUUUUCUAAGCAGGCUGGGAACGCACAAAGGGUGAGAUGGUGGGUAGAAUAACUAGGUCAAACCCACUCUUGAGGUUCCGCUGGCAUCUCGAGCCUUAUACGUAAGGAUGAACUCAGAACUCAGUAGGUCAAGCUGUUGCACCUUACAAUUGCAUUAUUACAGACGUGAGCAUAAAGUGCUGCAUUAGGUCCGCCCUGCAGUAUGGAUGUGUACAAUAAUCCUUUAGUAUUCCUGUGCCUUAGGCCACUGGAAAUAGUUUUAAAUAGUUUUGGGCCAACACUGCAGUCUAGUGAACUUAGGGUCUUGCAUAUAAAUAUUCUUUUUUCUUACUUCAAUCCAGUCACUAGUGAAUGAAUGUUGACCUCCAUCAAUGCAUUUUUCUCAAACUGCUGUAUAUGAGCACCUAGUGUUAGCUCUCUUUUAAAUAAGCUUACUUUAUGUGGCGUUAUUUCAAAAGACUAAAACAAUCUGUGUAUUCAUUUCUUGUUAUGUGUAGACAAGUGGUAAAUCAAACAUUUCACUGAAAUUGUGAAGAUUAUAAUAAAUAUUUAUGAAUGAUAAA